UCUAUGGAUAUUGUUUACGUCAGUCAUGUAGCAGCGAAAUAUUUUCAAAUCGCAAUUUCGCCUUAUUUUCAUCGUUAAACCAUGAAUAUUUAUAUCAAACGUGUGUUAUUGUGCAAUUAGUAGUUUAUAUUCACAAACUUGUGUGUGUAAAAGUGUUUUUGUAGAUAAUUAAGAACAUAACCUCUAAGAGUGUGUUGUCGUAGUUUUGUUUAGAUAUAAAAGUGUAUUUUAACAAUGGCUUUGCAAUUAUCCCGCCGGGAGGUUGAUGAAAUACGUUCCUCUUUGGACAGAGCGAUUUACAGGACGAUAGGAAAGUCGGAUAACUUGUUGCUGUCCACUGUUUCUUCAUGUCUUACCAAUGGCUAUGAGCGUCGCAAGAUUAUAGACAAGAUAUCCUCUCACAUUGACUCGAAGAAAGCGAGCAAACUAGCCGACAAAGUGCUCGCUCUCGCUCAAGAACUAGUCUCAUCGUCAAAAAGUCACAAACGAAAACACGAGCCUGAACGUGAGAAGGAUUCUAAAAAAUCCAGACACGAUGACAAAGAGAAAGACCGUCACGAUGACCGAGAUAAGCAUGAAGACAGAGACAAGGAUAGGCAUGAGGAGAAAGACAAGGAAAAAGAUAAAAAAAUAGGGAACGGUAUUGAGACGUUACCGCUGCCAGCGGCUUUGCCGGAAGGAGAGACCGUUGGGUCUAAGAUUGCUGUGUUAAGUGCGGACAGAAUCAAGCUAAUGAUGGCCAACGCUCAAAAAGAGAUCGAGGAGCGUAAACGUGCGCUCGUCGCGCUUAAAGGCGAGAAACAGAACGUGACGACCGCGGCGCAGACCGCGCAGCAGAUUAAGGUCCAGAUGCAACAGCAGAACGCCAUCCCACCGCCGAGCGUUAUUAAACCUAUGCUGUAUUCUAAACCUGUGACUCCAAUAUCGGCUGAAGAACUAGAAAAGCAGAGGAAAAUAGCUGAACUGCAGGCCAGGAUACAGAGGAAACUAGCUGGUGGCGCUUUAGCAAACACAGGCAGUGGCCCGGCGCCGCUCAUUCUGGACCGGGAGGGACGCACCAUAGAUAUGAGCGGCAAGAGAGUGCAGUUGACACAUGUUGCGCCUACGCUUAAGGCGAACAUCCGCGCGAAGCGUCGCGAAGAGUUCCGCGCUCAAUUAGCCACACCAGCCGCGGAGCUUCGAGCGGAGCCGGGCGCGUGGCAGGACCCGCGCGUGCCCUGCAAGCCGGCGCAGCGGGCCAAGCGAGCGCUCCGCUUCCACGAGCCCGGCAAGUUUAGGCAGCUGGCGGAGAGGUUAAGGAUGAAGGCACAACUAGAGAAGUUACAAAGCGAGAUAUCCCAGAUAGCCCGCAAGACCGGCAUAUCGUCAGCCACCAAGCUGGCUCUACUCGCUGCAGACGCGCCUGACUCGGACCGAGUGCCUGACAUCGAGUGGUGGGACAGCGUCAUCCUGAUGACACCAGAGGAACGGGAAGCGUCCAAGAGUGCAACAACUUCAGACACACUCACACACACACAAAGAGUGGCGGCGUGUAACACAGGCGAGGACGAUAUAGUCAACAACCUCAAUCAGAGAGCAGUCACCAAUCUAGUCGAGCACCCGCAGCAGUUGAGGCCUCCGACGGAGCCCCUCAAACCGACAUACAUGCCAGUGUUCCUCACCAAGAAGGAACGCAAGAAACUCCGUCGCCAGAGCCGCAGGGAAGCAUGGAAAGAAGAACAAGAAAAAGUUCGAUUGGGACUGGAGGCGCCGCCCGAACCGAAGCUCAGGAUAUCGAACCUGAUGCGUGCGUUAGGCACAGAAGCGGUGCAGGACCCAACCGCCAUCGAGGCGAAAGUGCGCGAACAAAUCGCUAAAAGGCAGAAAACACAUUUGGAGGCGAACAAGGCUAGAGCGCUUACUAAAGAUCAGAAGAGAGAAAAGGUGGACAGAAAACUUAGAGAAGAUACGACGAUGGGCGUGCAUGUCGCUGUAUACAGGGUAAAAGACCUGUUCGAGUGCGCUUCAGCCAAGUUCAAAGUGGAAGUGAACGCACAGCAACUGCAUAUGACGGGAUGCGUGAUACUGCACCGCGGCUGCUGCGUGAUUGUGGUGGAGGGAGGGCCGAAACAACAGGCCAAGUACAAGAGACUGAUGCUGCACCGCAUCAAGUGGGAAGACGACCUAGUGAAGGACGCGGAAGGCAAUGAAGUACCGAACUCCUGCCAGCUCGUGUGGGAGGGCGUCACCAAGCAACGCAGCUUCGGAGAGAUCAAGUUCAAGGUGUUGCCGACUGAGAAACAAGCUCGAGAGGCUUUGCAACAACACGGAGCGGAACAUUACUGGGACUUGGCUUACAGUGGCGCGGUGUUAGCCGCGCCUUCAUCGCCUUAACACGGAACUAUAAUAAACAUUUGGAAUAACGAUACACGGAGUUAUGAUAAGAAAAUAAAAUCAGUGAUACUGGAAUAA